UCCUCUCGUGUUCAUUUCUUCUCAAAACAGACUUUUCGCUCUGAAUUAUCCAAACAAACUCAAUUUCAACUCCAAAACCUCUUACGAACAACAAGGAGUAAAACGCUCCCUUUCGUUUCGUGGUUUCGCAAUUUUAAGAUGCCAGCUGCAGAUAUGAGUAUGUCUGAUAAAGAUGGAGAGCCAUUUGUGGAGGUUGAUCCUACUGGUCGGUUUGGGCGGUACAGUGAUCUUCUUGGUUCUGGUGCUGUGAAGAAGGUUUAUAGGGCAUUUGAUCAGGAGGAAGGUAUAGAGGUGGCCUGGAAUCAGGUGCGGUUGAGUCAUUUUAGUGAAGAUCCAGUGUUCAUCAAUCGGCUUCACUCAGAAGUUCAGUUACUGAGAACAUUGAAGAACAAGUAUAUCAUUGUUUGUUACAGUGUUUGGUUGGAUGAUGAGCAUAACACAUUGAAUUUUAUCACUGAGGUGUGCACAUCAGGAAACCUGAGAACUUACAGGAAGAAGCAUCGCCAUGUAUCAAUUAAGGCCUUGAAGAAGUGGUCAAAGCAGUUACUUGAAGGAUUGGAGUAUCUCCAUACACAUGAACCAUGCAUUAUUCACCGCGAUCUCAAUUGCAGUAACAUCUUCAUCAAUGGGAAUGUUGGUCAGGUGAAAAUUGGCGAUCUGGGCCUUGCUGCAAUAGUGGGGAGGAGCCAUGUGGCGCAUUCAAUCAUAGGGACACCAGAGUACAUGGCACCUGAACUGUACGAGGAAGAUUACACUGAGAUGGUGGACAUCUACUCUUUCGGCCUGUGCCUGCUUGAGAUGGUGACAAUGGAGAUACCUUACAGCGAAUGUGACAGCAUUGCCAAGAUAUACAAAAAGGUGACAUCUGGAGGUAAGCCCCAGGCGCUGAACAAGGUGAAAGAUCCAGAAGUGAAGGCAUUCAUAGAGAAGUGUAUUGCGAAGCCGAGAGCCAGACCAUCAGCCUCGGAACUACUGAAGGACCCCUUCUUCUCUGAGCUGAUUGAUGAUGAUGAUGAGACCAAGCCAACUACUUGAUUACUCUUUCAAGUGAACAUAUUCUUAAAGAGUAAAGACUAAAACUAGCAAGCAGCUUUCUUUCCUAAACCUAUACUACGUUUAGGCAGCAGGUUUCAAGUGUAUGUUUCUGGCCUACUUAACUUUCUAUCAUUGGCAUAUAGUAUGUGCAGCAAUAGUAGAUUGGUAGUAUUAUUGUCUCUGUUUACUGUUGUUGAUAUGGUAGUAUUGUCUGUUGUUGAUAUGCAGUCAUGAUAUUGGGUUAAAAUGUAAAUCACUUUCUGCUUAUGGAAACGGUAUUUCGUUCCUCUCAACUUGUCUUUGCUAUUAAACGUAUGUUUUGCAAUUGUGAAGAGGAGGCAUCAUAGGAAGAAAUUCAAUGGGUUUACAUUUACUUCAAAUCCAAGCAUUAGUAGUGUUUGAUGUUGGAAAAUGAAUAAAUAAACAUAUCUCUGCAGCUGUAAAGGAAUGUAUUGCUUGAGUUGUAAGCAUAUAAGCUGUAGUUCAUAUGUACACGCGAAUUCCCAUAGUGUGUAAAUUAAUGAAGAUUAAAAAACCCACCCACCAGCGAUUGUAACCAAAAAAAAAAAAAAAAAAA